AUGCCCGGUCUUUCAUCAUUUCUUAUGGCUGACGAAGACAAACCCGAUGGCUCCAAGAAAGGAGUAAAGGAUGAGAAGCAAGAAGAAAAGGAAAAGAAAGAGAAAAAAGAGGAUGAAAAGAAGGACGAAAAAGUGGACUCCGGAAAAGACAAAAAGGAAGAUAAGAAAGGUGACGCUGAGAAGGAAGGAGAGGACAAGAAAGCUGAAUGCUUAAAGAAGGAUGAGAAGAAGGGCAGCAAGGAAGACAAGAAAGAGGAAAAGAAGAGUGGCAAGGAGAAGAAGGACGAAAAGAAGAGCGGCAAGGACGAGGAGAUUAAAGAGGAAAAGGGAGAGAAGAAAGAAAAGAAGCCCGAAGAAGCUGCAGCCGAGAAGGACAAAGAUAAGGAAAUGGAGAAGCCAGUCGCUGCCGCCGCUCCUGCUGCUGCUGUUCCUGCUGCCGAGCCCGCUAGAAAGCCAGCUGUUACAGCAUCUGCAAUGCGCACGGUUGCUCGACCUUCUAAAAUGCAGGGACUGUCACAGCUGCAGAAACCAAAAGGAAAAUUUGCCUCUAUGAUGCGAAAACUUGGCUCAAAGAUGAAAAAGUUUGCUUGUUUUCGUUACCUUUUUGGUCGGCGUGGAGAUGUCCAAGAGGAGGAAGAGGAGGAAGAAUCGAGGGCAGCCGCUGGCGGAGAUUCGAACUAUUGCCAAGGAGCUGAUUAUUUGGCUCGUCGGGCUCUCGAAGAGUGGGGCCCACAAGAUCAUUGGGCGAACCCCACUGAAUACACCGUCGAAUAUGAUUCUGGCAACUGGCUCUCAACUCUGGGAGACUACACCUCCAUUACCAACUUUUUGUCUGCCGUUGAUGCUCAGCUUGCUCCUAUGCCA